UAAUAGUCUUUCUUUUUAGUUUUUCUCAUAAUUACUCUAUCUUUGAAAUAAAUUUGUUCGUGGUGUUUAAUUAUCAAAAUUAUUUUUCUUCUAAUAAUAAUUUUGUUGGAAGUAUAUUCUAAAUAUUAGUUCUUUAGUGAAAUUAUUAAAUUAUGUAUAUUACCAGCCUGAAAUGUAAUCGGUUAUUUUCUAAAAGAUAAAUAGAUCCUGUAUUUCACACCUUUUCAAUUUAUAUGUGAAAUUUGCUUCCUAUCAUGGUGCCAGUUGCUAUAGAAGGCUGCACCCAGGGUGCUGAAGGAGGUGGUGCUCGUGGUGGUUCAAUUUCUUUGGCUUUGCUGAUAGACUUUAUUGUCCAAAGAACUUAUGAUGAACUUACUGUGCUGGCAGAACUAUUACCUCGCAAAACGGACAUGGAGCGCAAAAUUGAGAUAUAUAAAUUCAGUGCUCGUACACGACAACUAUUUGUUCGUCUGUUGGCUCUUGUUAAAUGGGCUAGCAGUGCUACAAAAGUGGAUCGUUCUGCACAUAUUAUGGCUUUUUUAGAUAAACAAGCUCUGUUGUUUGUUGAAACUGCAGAUGUGUUAGCUCGAGUGGCUAGAGAAACACUUGUACAUGCUCGAUUACCUACAUUCCACAUGGCAGCUGCUGUAGAAGUUCUCACUUUGGGCACCUACAGCAGACUGCCAGCAGUAAUUCGCGAACGGCUGGUACCACCACCAUCGCUUACGCCCGCCGAGCGGCGAUCUACCCUGCGUGCACUCGCACAUAUAGUGCGACAACGACUCACUACCGCUUCUCUACCAAAUGACGUUAGGAAUUUGAAGGUGGAAAAUGGUCGCGCAACUUUUACCGUUGGACAAGAAUUCAGUGUAUCUCUAACAGUGAUGGGUGAUGCUCCGAAUUUACCUUGGCGUCUACUUGAUAUUGCAAUUCUCAUUCAAGAUAAUGAAACUGGAGAGGGCAAGCCAUUGGUGCAUAGUUCACAACUGGCAUGGUUGCGUGGCGUAGCGCAAGCCCGACUCGCAGCGGCGGGCCUCGGUGGUGCGCUGACAGCUUUAAGAUAUUUUUGCCGUUCUCUGUCACUGGAAUUAUUGUACACACAAACGCUUAGAUUAUGUCGAGACCGCCUGUCGCGGCAUUUGCAAGUUGACAAAUAUAUACCUGGACAAAAACUGCAAGUCUCAUAUUGGAGGGAGCUGGGGUGCGAGCUCGGGUACCAUCUGAUCAUCGGCGCGGAGGGCGAGUCGCUGUGCGUGUGGCACGUGCCGGCGCUGGCGGGCGGCGAGCGGGUAGCGGCCGCGCUCACGCCGCACGCGCCUUCCAUGGAGCGCCUGCUCGCGCACACCGUGCACGUACGCAGCAGGCAACGCCUCAAUGACCUCAAGGUCCUGCUCAGCGAUCUCGGGGUGGAGUGCAGCGUGGGCGGGUGGCCGUGCGUGCUGGCGUGCUCGGCGCUGUGGCCGUGCCUGCGCGCCGAGCAGCUGCUGGUGUCGGCGGGCGCGCACGCGGGCCGGCUGCGCGCGCGCGUGCCCGCCUACCCGCACGCGCCGCGCAUGCCCGAGCUGGCCGCCGCGCUCGCCGCCUCCAACCUCGCGCAGAUCAAGGCGCUCCUCACGCAGCUCAGAUUUUGGUUGGUGGCGCGUCGAUGCGAGAAGACGCUACAGCACCUUCCUGCCAGUGCGUGCGAGCACCUUCCAUUCCUGCAUGGACCCGAGCAUCCACUGAACAAACUGUCACCUGACCGUCUCUAUGUAACGUUGCACCGACACACUGAUCAUAUACUGAUAGUGGAGAUGAAGGAGGUGGCUGCAGGCGGCACGGCGACUACCAGUAAUAGCGCCAACAGCGGCAGCGCGUGCUCCGUGUCGCUCUCGUUCCACCUGGCGGGCGCGCGCCGCUGUACGCCCGACGAGUGCGAGGACGAGUCCUCGGCUGCGGCGGCGGCGGCUGCGGCUGCUGCGGGUGCGCCGAGCACCGCGCGGGCUUUCCUCAAACUACAUUCUCUUGUUGAACUGGACACGUUCACUCUCACGCAUGGACCAUUCACUCCGCUAGAUACGCCUGGUAUGCAGCCGGGUAAGCGGAAGCUAAGCGCGAGCAGCACGAGCUCACGCUCGGUGCGCGUGCGCCAGCCGGCAUACUUUCUGCCCGAGCUGGCGCACGUGGUCGCCGCCGCUGACGAGCGCGUGCCUUUCGUCAACCUCGCGCAAGAGCUGGCUGGCCGCGGCGUGACGCACGGCGGCGUGCAGCCCGAGUGGAGCGGGUCUGCGCUGGCGAUGCGCGUGGUGGCGCUGCCGCGGCCGGCGGGCGCCGCGGCGGCCGCGCACGCCGCGCUGCGCGCGCGCCUGCUCGCGGCCACCGUGCGCCUCACCACCAAGAACCAGGCGCGCGUCUGGACCGCCGAGAUCGUCUUCCACGGCUCGCCGGUGCGCACGCCCAACCCCAAGGAGCAAGGAGAGCGACGGUGCGUGUAUCUCCAGUACGAGCUGGGCACGGACGCGGGCCGCACCGCGGAUGCGUUCCUGGCGGACUGGGCCGCCAUUGUGCACCUGCACACGCUGCUGCAUGAUUUUAUGCUCCGACCCGCACAAGAGCGCGAGACGCUAUGGCAGGGCGUGUGCAUCCGCUCGUACACGUACCGGUCGCUGGUGCUGGGCUUCGGGCCGUCGCAGCGCGCGACCGCCGUGCUGCAGUGGAGCGCGGCCACGCAGCGGUACACGGUGGCCACGCCCGCGCACCAACCCGCCGCCAACGCGCACCACCUGCUGCAUCACCACCUCGACCACUACAUCAACUGGCAAAAGGAUCUGAUGUCGCUGGGCGUGGUGCUGCGCGAGACGUACGCACCGCUGUUGGCGCUGAGCCGGCUGCCGACGCUGCCGCAGCUCGGCUUGCACCACGUGCGCACGCUCAUGCCCACGCCCACGUUCACGCUUCUUGCGCAUUCUUGGCGAAAGAUUCGUAUAAUCUAUGCCGGCGCAUACUCCCUAGAAGUUGGUAUACGCGGCGGCGGUGUGGUCACUAUAAGAGAUGGCUCCUAUUCCAAGUUCGAUCGUAAUGCCGUCGUCGACGAGUUUGCUCCCGCGCAAGGGCUCAAGACAUUUUUGUCAAGAUAUGUGGAGGAGAAUCUAAGUACACGACUACUAGCCGAAGAUGAUAAUCCUCCCUCGCCGAUGUCUCCAAUGCCACCAGGUGGACUGCGGUUUCCGGCGCCGCUGACGCCGCCGCAGCCGCACACUCCGCACACGCCGCACUCAGCGCCGCUCACGCCACACCCGGCCUCGCCCGCGCAGCACCAGAUGGGCGCUGGCUCCUUCAACCUAACGUCACCUCCGGGUGCGAGCGGCGGUGCGGGUGUGGGCGUGGGCGGCGCGGGCGGCGCGGGCGCGGGCGUGUCGGCGUCGCCCGCCUCGCCCAUGGCGCCUUCGCCACUUGCGGCACCCGCUGCCUCACCGCACCCCCCGCCGACCUCGCCCUUCACCACGUGGCCAGCAUCACCUUCGUUGCCGCGCCCCUCCCCUGGACAUCAUCCCUCGCCCAGGCACCAUCUAGACCAUAAAGGCCCCCAGGCGAGCGGGUCGAGCCAGGCGGCGGGCGGCGCGGGCGCACGGGCGGCGCGUGCGUGGGCGGGCGCGAGCGCGACGCCGCUGGCCGUGUGCAAGCUGGAGGCGCUGUGCACGCCGUGCGAGCCGCCUCCCGCCGCGCCGCCCGGCCCGCCGCUCGCGCCGCUGCAGCGCUUCCUCGCCUGCGUCUACAUGAAGCGCACGCUGCAGCGCUUCGUCCAGCAGGAGGACUAUCUAACAAUGGUAUCAGCGGACGCAACGAGCCUUGUGUUUCGCUGCGAUAGCGCGGCACUGACAGCCCGCGUGUUUCUCAACCCACAGCACAUGCAAUCCCUGCACUUGCAACUCACGCCGUUGCCUGAUCUUAAAGAACAGUGGACUGCAGAUGAUCUCCAGGUGAUAGAGAAGUUCUUCGAGCAGCGCGUGGCGAUAGCGCCGUACCGCGCGAGCGCGCUGCAGGGCUGGGGGCGGGCGUGGGGCGCGCCGGGCGCGGCGCUGCCGUCGCUGGUGGCGCUCAUGCGCGCAGAGCUGGCGCCCGCCGCGCCCGCGCUCUGGCAGCUGCAGUGGGCGCUGCGCAUCCCGCCCGCCGCGCCGCAGAUCGUGCCCGCCGGACAGCCCGCCGUGCUCCUCGCCAAGCACAAGAUACUCUUCUUUAUAUGCCUGACACGGGGUGACACACAGCUGGUGCUGCCGCUCGUGUACGACAUGCAGCUGAACGUAACGCAGCUCGCUGACAAGCGCGAUUCGCAACCGCAUCUCAUAGCUGUCAGUCUGCAUCUCAAGCGUUUCAGCGAAUUCAACCAGUCCCACUCGGAAUGUACGCUGUGGCCGGCGGUGCGCGACCUGCUCACCAACUUUACGCUGCCGCAGGAGCCGCCGCAGCCAUCCGCGCCGCCGCCGCCCUAGCUCGCGCGUCUCACACACUAGCCGCAUCCGCCACACCGGUUUGCACACUAACUGCUCGGCAACAAUUUUGGCCAGCAACGCUUACAGCAAUUUCUGGUAGUAGAUCUUCCACGAUGUCAAACAUCCUGUACCAGUCGACGUUGACUGUCCACUAAAUAUGGCGGAUUGUAUUAGAAAUCCAAUACCGUCGUAUACGUAAUAAAAGUUUAAGUGCCCAACAAAAUAAAUUUAAAUGUUUCGCCGUGGAAGAACUUUAACAAAACCCGCAAUAUAUGAGGCUAGCCUUUGAGCGCGGUACGGGAUGUAGCGCGGCGGCGAUGAGCUGACCUUGAAGCUGAGCGCGACGACCUGUAGUUUGCUUCGUACGUCGUUACUAUAUUUUUUGCCGGGCGGUGACUGCGAUCUUCGCAUUUGACAAAUAAUGUCACUGCGUAUCGUGGGUUAAUAGCAAAAGACAUUGAAGUGCGACUGACUUUGUUAUAAUAUUGUAAAUAAGUAUUGUAAGCGUAAUUCAAUAUCUUGUGUAUACGUAUUGAAUCUAAAAGUAUCUUGCAUGUAUAAUUAUGAGUUAAUCUAUAUUUAAUAAAAAGUUUUUCUAUC